AUGUCUAAAGUGCUAAUCAUCAGACAUUUACCUGAAGGACUGUCUUUUAAAGACAAAGAACAACUUUUAAUGCAUUUUGGAGCUCAGAAAGUAUGGGAAACUUCUAAAAAGCGUAAUUAUAUAUUUGCCUCUUUUUCUACCAUUGAAAAAGCCAAGGAGUCCUUGACUAGGUUGCAUCAAUUAGAAAUUGCACAAAGACGACUAAUAGUCGAGUUUUCUUUUGAAAAGGAACCAGUUAGUCUAAACAGACACGAUGAAAGCCAAAGUUCUGUUUCUACGAAACACGUUAAAGAAUUUCUAAAACUCCUUAAUGCUUGGAAUCCAUCUGUCAAUUUUUAUCAACCACCACCAGUUAAAAUUAAAUAUAAAUAUCCUGACAUAAAUACAAACAUUGCUAUUAACAUUAUUCAUAACUUAUUUUUACAUGAAGCACUUUAUAUACAAACCUUGCAUUUGAUGAAUAGGAUGUCACUUGAAACGCCAUUUCAAGAAAACGAAAAAUCGUUACUCUUCUUUAAGGAAACAUUCAGACAAUAUUUUAAUGAUCUAUCAAUUGCUUUGCCUGUUCAAGCUCCAAGUGAACCUGAGUCAGAAAUAUCAAGUGAUGAAAAUGAAUGCCUUAAGCCGGCAGUGACUAGCAUGCCAAAAAGAAGAAAGCAUAUUUUGCCGGUGACUCGAAAGCGACCAGCUGCUGUUUUGUCUACAGCCACGAUUCCAAAGUCAAAGAAAUUAUCUAUUAAUCAAGAAGAAGUAUUUGAAACAGUAUAUCCAGCCCCAGAACCUAAGAAAAUAUCAUUAGUUGUUCAUCAGGAUGCCUUAAAAAAGACAUCGGAACAAGUUGAAGUUGUAGGUGAACUUGGAAAGUUUGAAAAGGAAGUUCGGACAGUUGUGGAAGAAGAAUCUCAACCAGAACCAGAACAACCAACAAUUAGUAAAAAAGAACUGUUACAAAAAAGAAUUUCCUAUAGUGAUAUGAAAAUUCUUCCAGUAUUUAAAAAUUAUCAUCCCGGACCACCAUCAAUGCGAUUGUAUAUUAAGAAUUUGGCUAAGACAGUUACAGAACAGGAUUUAAAAAGGAUUUAUAGACGUUAUAUAGAAAAUAUUCCAGAAGAAGAACAAAUUUGUUUUGAUGUCAGAGUGAUGCAAGAAGGCAGGAUGAAGGGUCAAGCUUUUGUAACAUUCCCUUCAGUGAGAUUAGCCGAGACUGCACUGAAUGAGACCAAUGGGUUUAUGUUAAAAGAGAAACCAAUGGUUGUGCAGUUUGCAAGAGCUGCAAAUAAAAAGACUAUUGAUUAA